UGCGUAUGAUGAAGCGAAUUUAUCGGCAUUAGUUGUUGCGCGUUUAUUUUGAUGGUGUUAUUAUGAAAUGGGCUGGUGAUAGCGUCAUCGCUGAGAUUGAGUUUGAACGAUGAGGAGGGUAAGUGAUGUGAGAAUGGCCAUGGCAUUUUGAUGAGGUGCGACUGCAUUGUUGUAUGUGGAUAAGUGGGCCAAAGUACUGGAUAAAUGAUGAGUACGAAAACAUUGAGUGCAAUGGCAGAGGAUUACUUUUACAAUAUCAAUCCCCUGGCUAAAAGGAUAAGCGAGGAUGUUGCAGCGACGAAGGAUGCUUACGAGGGACUUUGGAAUACAUUGAGCUUGGAGGAGCGUAAUCAAGCUCUAGAUGAGACUAUUAUACAGCCAGAGGUGGCGCUUAAAUAUGCUUCUAAGCAGCUAGAGUCUUCCAAAGAUUUUCCAGAAUACUAUCCAAAACUUAGACUACAAACGGGAAUGAAAUAUAUUAUCGACGAAACUGGAUCGACUUUACGUUGGAAGGACGAACACUCUGCACCAUUUUCCUUCAUGACCCAGUCGCAAAUGAAUCUCGAUUGCUUGGACCAAACAAACGAUAAAAAUAAGAUUAUGUUAAGCUAUAUUUCCAAUACUUCGCAUUAUACAAAUCCUUGUAGUUUAAGAACCACGGACGAUUCGUUGGAUGAUAAUUACAGUUCUCCUUCCAGUCACAGUUUUUAUCAAACUGAAAAUUAUUCGGAUACCUUGAUUUCUACCGAGGAGUGUAGUACCAUUCGUAGUAGCUGCGUGGAUACAGAAACAUCGGACGGCAUGUUCGCUAAAUCAUUGAACAAAGAUUCUCUGAUAAAACUGCAAAACAACAGUUCCGAGGAGGAUAUAGAGAAUUUGAGGUCUCGAAAGAAUUUAAAGCAAGUUUUACAGAGUAGUGGCUCAGAUAAGAGUCACCCAAAUACGAAUAUGGACGAACAUUUGAAAUCCAGUGAUAUCGAAUCAACUGCAUUACUCGAUACCCCAAACUCUUGCAGUAGUUAUCAAUCUUCGCAACUUAAUCAAGAUCCAGAGAUUCCAAAAACAGGAUUCGAAUUUUUAGAUAAUUGGUAAUAUUUUUAAUGAUUUUAAAAGGUAGAACAUAGCCUAAGUCAUUCUACCUUAUAUAUUUUGAAGCAACAGAUUAUGUUGAGACCAAACGAUGCUUUACAUUGAGCUCUUGCUUGAAAUACCUUUUCUUUUUAAUAAUAUCUACCAGAUGCCUUCAUUAUACCAACAAAUAUGUUUAAUCGACUUUACUAUAUUAUAUAUAUUUAAAUAAUUCAAAC